UUUAGCGGAUCCGCGCCGGUGUCCUCCGGUAACGCAGAUCUAUGGAAGAGUAUUGGAUGAAAUUGAUAAACGCAAAUUCUACAGUAAGCCAUUACUUUUGGCUGUGGAUGGAAUAGGAAAAGCUCGAGAGAAUACAAAAGCGGCAGCUAGGAUUCUAGUACAUCGUAAGGAGACGGUAGGAACACGAAUGGGUAGUGAUGUAGCAAAAAUGAUUGAAACUCACAAAGGAAAGGAGAAGGCUAUUAGGAACAUUAUUAAAGAGCAGCUGAAAUAUGCGGAGUAA